UCUGUGCGAACACGUGCACGCCCCCCCUCCCCCUCUCUGGGUGAUGCAGAGAUUCCAGCGCUCGCGCUGUCACCCACUGGACUUCAUACUGACAAGACUGCUUAGAAAAUAAAUAUGCCAAAUUCUAUAUUUUAACGACAAAUGAGGACACAUAUUUAUUUUUUCCUUUGAUUUGUGGCAUUUCUUCGCUGAGGCAGAUGCCAAGGAGUAAUAUGGAUGAGCAACCCAAGAAAAGCGGCUGAGGAUUUUGAAACGGUCUGGAUGAAACGGUUAGGCUGCCUUUAGGGGCUGGUUAGCACACUUUAAGACAACAAUUAAAUAGGCAACAGGCAUGAUUUUAAUAUAGCAGCUAAAUAGCAAAUACACCACACUGCGUGCGCUUUUUGCUCUGAAAUAUUUUUUUCGACGGGAGAACAAUUUCGUUUGGGAUAAAAAAUGGCUCACCUAAUCCGACACAAACUCACGAACAAACUGACCAAUGCGGCCCACACGGUGUCCCACAAAUCUCAGGCCAAGGUCAGUGGGGUGUUUGCCCGGCUGGGCUUUCAGGCCGCCACGGACGAGGAAGGUCUCGGUUUCGCCGAGUGCGACGACUUGGAUUAUGAUUACAGGCAAGGGAUGCAAAUGGAUGUCCUCCAGGGAGAUGAAGAAGGGGGGGACAUUGAGGGAGAGGGGGAGUUGGAGGGAGACAGCCAUUACCAGAGAGAUGGCACCGGCCCGAGGCCCUCGUCCCUGAAGACCGGGGGCUCUUUGGACGAAGAUAAGCCAAAAAUCACAUCAUGGGAAGCUGGCUGGAACGUCACCAACGCCAUUCAGGGCAUGUUCGUCCUCGGCCUGCCGUACGCCAUCCUCCACGGCGGCUACCUCGGUCUAUUCCUCAUUAUCUUUGCGGCAGUGGUGUGCUGCUACACCGGCAAAAUCCUCAUUGCGUGUCUGUACGAGGAGAAUGAGGACGGCAUAAAAGUGCGCGUGAGGGACUCCUAUGUGGACAUCGCCAACGCCUGCUGCGCGCCACGCUUCCCCGCACUGGGCGGCCACGUUGUGAACGUGGCUCAGAUAAUCGAGCUCAUCAUGACCUGUAUUCUAUACGUUGUGGUCAGUGGCAACCUGAUGUACAACAGUUUCCCAGGGUUUCCUGUCUCUCAGAAAGCCUGGUCAGUGGUGGCCACAGCCGCGCUCCUGCCGUGCGCGUUCCUGAAGAACCUCAAGGCCGUGUCCAAGUUCAGCCUUCUCUGCACACUGGCGCACUUCGUCAUCAACGUCCUCGUGAUCGCAUAUUGUCUCUCUAGGGCACGCGAGUGGGCCUGGGAGAAGGUUAAGUUUUAUAUUGAUGUGAAGAAGUUCCCUAUUUCAAUUGGCAUCAUCGUGUUCAGCUACACGUCCCAAAUCUUCCUCCCCUCCCUGGAGGGAAACAUGCAGAAGCCCAGUGAGUUCCACUGCAUGAUGGACUGGACUCACAUCGCAGCCUGCGUCCUCAAGGGCCUCUUUGCCCUGGUGGCCUACUUGACAUGGGCGGACGCCACCAAAGAGGUCAUCACAGAUAACCUGCCUUCAACCAUCCGAGCUGUGGUGAACCUCUUCCUCGUUGCCAAGGCGCUGUUAUCUUACCCGCUGCCGUUCUUUGCCGCAGUUGAAGUUCUGGAGAAAUCACUGUUCCAGGAUGGCGGAAGAGCCCUCUUUCCUGACUGCUAUGGUCCUGGUGGGCAGUUGAAAACCUGGGGUCUGGGUCUUCGAGUAGCCCUAGUAGUAUUUACCCUGCUUAUGGCCGUCUUUGUCCCCCAUUUUGCUCUCCUUAUGGGUUUAACUGGGAGUCUGACCGGCGCAGGACUGUGCUUCCUCUUGCCAAGCCUCUUCCACUUAAAGCUCCAAUGGAGAAAUCUCCUGUGGCACCACGUCUUCUUCGACGUUGCCAUUUUUGUUAUUGGAGGCAUAUGCGCUAUAUCUGGUUUUAUUCACUCCAUUGAAGGCCUCAUAGAGGCGUACAGGUACAAUAUUCACGACUAAGAGCUCCGGAGUUUACCUCUGUUGAAUAGUGAUGCCCCAUAAAGGACACAGACCUUAGGAAAACACACGGACCAUUGACAUCAAAUCUCAUGAGGAGGUAUAUUUGUGUGAAAUGUACAUCUUUUUAUUUUGCCUUCGUGAUAAUGUGCAAUAAUAAACUCUACAGUCAUAGUGUAAAGUAGUCUAUUCAUUCCAGAAUAAAAUUGUUUUAUUAAGUGGACAGAGGAAAACGACCUCUGCAUGGAAGGGGGUCCAGGUGUCAGUCUUCAUGCAAAGAUUCAGUGAAAAUGUGCGCUGUGGGUUUACUGUGAGUGUGUACGUGUUUUUAUCUGGAGAAUGAAAUAUGUGGAAAACAAGUGAGUGAAUAUGAUGUUAUUAUUUGUUUCUUGAGCUGCUAGGUAUCAUUAAUCCCACUUCCAGAGAAAACAGAAAGCACCAGUCAGAUCAGAUGGUGCUCUAUAAACCAUGACUUACUUAUGUGUAGUGGUUUGAACAGAAUUAUUCUUUUCUAAUGGUUUGGUGUUUUUCUUUUUCAUUCUUAUGCCAGUUGUAGUCCUUAAUGGCUCAUUUGUUUUCUUGGUGUUUCAAGUGUCAUUCUGGAUGAAGUGAAUUCAAGUGCAAGCAAGUGGGUCCUAAUUGUGUUAUAUAAACGUCAGUCUGAUAAUAUUCUGUUCCUAUUGAACUUGUCAAUUGUGAUUUAUUGAAACUAAUGGUGUGUGAGACAAAGAGUAUUUGUUGAACUAAGAGAUAAAUAAAUCAAGUAUUUUAUGCCUGGUGAUUUUAAUGUUUCUUUGCUUAGUGAACGCUUUACUGAUUUGACUUUUUGUUGUUCUGUCCUCUGUUAAACUUCCCAUCUGAAAGAUUAAAUAAACUUCCUCUUUUGACAGGGAGACUAUUAAAUUAAAAAGAAGAUUUGAGGUUCCAGUUGCUGAGUUGCAGAUAUUUGCUAAUUUAAAUAAUUUUCGACAAUGCAACAAUGUGCCUCUUUUGCAUAUUUCAGCGUUUUUAACAACUUAACCCUAAUGAGCCAGUCAAGACUUGUUAAGACAUAUUUCAGCAUUCCUUAAGUAUUAAACUUGACUGUUGUUCACUUAAUACAUUUAAUGAGUCAAAGCUUACUUUUCACUUCCUUAAUCAACCAUGAAUAGCAGUCUGUUCUGAAAAAUGAGGAUGUUGUCAAAAAAACUACUUGACUUUGAAAACAGUUCAUUCGACCUGCAAAAACACA